AUGGAUGUUAUUGAUCUCCCUUGUGUGGGAGGGAGAUUUACUAGGUUAAGCGGGAACGGUCAUGCUAUGAGUAGAUUGGAUCGGUUCUUGUUAUCUGAUAAUUUGAUUUCUCUUUGGAAGUUAGAUAAUCAGGUUGUGGACAAAAGAGUUUUAUCGGACCACUCUCAUGUGUGGUUGAAAUCAGGAGGUAGUGAUUGGGGAUCCAAACCUUUUAGGUUUAACAACGGGUGGUAUAAACAUAAGGACUUUGAUUCUUUUGUGAGGAAGGAGUGGAGCUUGAUGACUAUCAAAGGAAAAGGAGAUUACGCGUUAUAUGAGAAAUUAAAAAGUCUCAAACUGACAUUAAAGGAGUGGAAUAAAGAAGUUUUUGGUUGGUUAGACUUGAGGAUCAAAGAAAAAAUAGAUGAACAACACGAAUUGGAUCAGUUCUUAAUUUUAAAUGCUGGAGGUGAUGCUUCUGGUGAUGUCGAGGCCAGAAGAGUAGCUGCUGACGUAAUUUGGAACAAGUUGGAGUUGAAAGAAGGAUUGCUUAGGCAGAAGUCUGAACCUUGUAAAGUCAGACCAUUUCCUAUUGGCAUUGAUUUUAAAAGGCUGGAGGUAGAAGUGGAUGCUAGGAAGGAGUGUCCUUUCACUGCUGAUGAGAUUAAACAAGCAAUUUGGAACUAUGAUGGUUACAAAAUGCCAGGACCUGGAUGA